AUGGCUGUGGCCGUGGCUGCCGUACGCGCGGGCUGGCGCUGUGCGAGGCCGGUGAGCUGGAGGCUGGGUUGUAGCUCCGGCCAGAGCCGGGCCAGGCUCUCCGGAGCUGCCGGGCAGUGGCCCGGGGCGACGCCUAAAGGGGCCCCGAGAUUGCUAGGGGUAGCGGCGCUGGCCCUCGGAAGCGCCUUGGGGAUCUGCCACACUGUGCGGGGUCGUCUGAAGUCCCAGGAGCAGCUGGCCGAGCAGGCGGCCCCCCAGGUGAGAGAGAGUUGGGACGGGGCUGAUCCCCAGGUGAGCGAGCGGGUGUGGGGUGGGACUGAGCCCCCCAGGCAUCACCUACAAGAUGAUGUUCGAGAAGACCUGUACCAGGCAGCAAACCAGUGGGUGGCAGCAGUUGGCAAAGACAGGCCCUUCAUGGGGGGAAAGGAGCCCAAUCUUGCUGACUUGGCAGUGUAUGGUGUGCUGCGUGUGAUGGAGGGACUGGAGGCCUUUGAGGACAUGAUGUGCCACACCCGAAUCGGGCCCUGGUACCUUCGGGUGGAGAAAGCGAUUGCCGAGGCCCAAGGAAACUACUGAUUGUCCCUUGUGCUUCUCUCCCACAGGGGGCCUGAGGAUAAGGGACCUGUGAAUUCUAGAGCCAUAGGACUGGCCAUAAGCAGGAAGGUGCUGCGAGGCCUACUGGUCCACUCUGGCUCUCCCUCAUCUAGCUCCCUGAAAUCUAUUGCUGAGCCAGCCUAUUUUUGAUCCUGGGUGAGCUGUUAGAGCCCCAGAGUAGGGAGCUGAGGAAUGAGCAGAGUCCUUUUUACGACUGCCCCUGAUCCCAGGAAGGUUGAGUUCUCCACCCAGAGCUCUUGGACUGUCACUAUUUAUUUCUGGUCUUCCUUAAGGGCUUCACAGACCUUUGCCAGCCUGCCCUGGUGGCUUUCUCUGGACUCUGAAUGUCUAGGUGAAGGGCCUUGAAACACUGAGGGAGGGGCAUAGGAUAGUCCUAGUAUAUUUUCUGAGAAAUUGCAGGGUCCCUGCACUGGGGGGGCCAAAUGGUUCCUUAUGGCCCGCGUGUCCUUGCUUUCAAUUGCAGGGGUCUUGGAGGAAGGCCUCUUCAGCUGUGAGUCAUGUUUGCAAUAAAGAAAUGGUUUGCUGCUUCAA